AUGUUCGGCAAAGCCGCUAAUUCGACACCGGUCGUACCCUCACGCAAUGCCCUCCGAACCCUCCGCCAAUUGGCUCUCGCCGGGGGAACGGUGGGCAGUUGCUGCGCUCUUGCAGCCGUCACCUAUGACGUCCACCGUCGAGUCCGUGUAGCCGAGCAGAUCAUCGAGAACAAACGCAUUAUCCACACCUCCGCACCGAAUUACGACGCGAAAGCAUCUGCCCAGCGGCUUGCCCACAUGAUGGAGGCAGCAGAAGCGGGGAACUUUAUGGGAUUGGAUUCUAUGAAGCCCAAGAAGCCACAAGCUAAGGAUGUGGCCGAGGAGUCCAGAGAUUCACCUUUGACGGAGCCUGCUUCUGUGGAGAACAUGUCACAAUUUGGCCAGAUACCAGUCGGCUUGUUCAAUUAUACCGGCUCCGGCUCCGCGCUGAGAAACGAAGCCCGCAACAAAAAACAAUUGGAUUUUGAGGCCAAAAGGGCAAAACGGUCAAAAUCUCUCGGCAAGGUGCCUCUUGAUGAACAGAUUCGUCAAAUGGUUCUUCAGGGCAAGGAAAUUCAGGCCACGAAUAUGUUUAUCAAGGAACAUACCAAGAAGAAGGUCCCCAACGGAGUUUCCUGGGACAGACGAGCGCUCGCAUACCACCUGUUCACUGAAAACUGCAAGAAGGGGAACGUGUUCAUCGCUCGGAAUCUUUUCCACCGUAUGGAGAAAAUUACUUCCAUUGACUCCGAGAUUUGGGCCAUGAUGAUGCAUCUGCUGGCGAAAGAGGGACACAUGGAAGCAGUUUGUGCUAUCUUCGAAAAACACCGGUUUCGGUUAGAAGUUCCCGUUCAUCUACUGGAAGUUGUCUUGCGGUGCCUUCUUGAGUCCAGGCGCUUGAGCUUGGCCAAGUGGUUUUUUUACAACCACAUCAAGCAUGACGUGGACGGUGGUCUAUGCGGAGCAUACCUCGAUGGAGUAUGGAAGAAGGCUCGGAGCACAGACUUGUUAGCGGAUGAAUUUCGCUUGACGCUGAAACACCUUUCCGAUUUGGAGCGCAAACCUACUGAGAAGGUUUUCAACCCCAUGAUCAAGGCUUUCAUUGAUUCUGGGAAACACGAGGAUGCCGAAAAGCUGGUGGCUGAUAUGCCGGUGAAGUGGAAUGUUCUUCCCGGAUGCCGAUCAAUUGGCUUGUUGUUAUAUGGCCGAGCAGCGUCAUGUGAUUGGGAGAGCGUUAUGGAUGGAUUGCACGAUAUGCAUGCGCGAGGAUUGACAGGCGAAAAGCGUAAUUUCGCCCGCGUCUUCGACCGUCUCCUCCUGGAGUACUAUCCUACUCACUCUGGUCGAGAAACCUUCAAGUUUAUUACAAACUGCAUCAACGACUUUGAUAUUGUGCCAGACAGGGUUCUUCACCGUCACAUCAUCGAGGCUUUGGUCGAAAGAGGCGAUACUGAAAUGUUCAAGCAUAUCACACGCCUGAGUCAGGAACGCGAAUGGAAAACCGGCAUCGACCGAAACGCACUCGACAAGAUUCUGAGGGCUCGCCGUGCGAUGAUGCAAUCAACCCCUGUCGGGUCGUGGAACAUGAUGAAGGCGGCAAAGAGGCAAUAUGGGAUGGUUGCUUCCUCGCGGCGUAUUCUGGGAACCAGCGCCGAAUCCUACACCCUGGAUGGUGAUACUUUGGCACCGGUUCGCCACAAUGCUGACUCGAGCUUUUCGGACAACAUGGACGACUUCGUCUUCAAGAAGUCCAUUAAUCUUUACAUGCCGUUGGAAAAGCGGAUGGAGCAUUUCAUUCACGCAGGCCACUUCGGCGCGGCGAAGGCGACUUUCGACAAGGCGGUCCAAAGCGCCCAUCCCAUCGAAUCGAUUCACCUCAAACUGGCUGCCGUCGCUCAUAUUCUCCAGAAUGGCUCGUCCGAUCUGGAGGAAGUCCGGCAAACCAUCAGGAAACAGUGGCUGGAUGCGAACAAACGGCCGACAGUUCGAUACACCCGUCCCUUCCCUCUUUUUGUGCCCGUCUUCUUCCAGCAGAUCAUUCAGCUUGAUAAAAUCAACGUCCGCGAAUCGACUCUGUAUAAGUCUGCGCUGAUGGAGUUUUACAAUAUUUGCGCCGACACGCCCACUCUCGUCGUCAAAAACCACGCAUCAACAGCCCUCUGCCGGCGCUUGAUCCAAGAAGGACGCCAACCACUGGCGAUCGAAAUCUUGAAAGCACUUUACAAGUCCAAGUGGCGCAAAUCUCACAAGUUCGAUCAAGUCCAGCUCAAGAUGCUCUUCCGCGCCUUCGCUGUGGAAAACCACAUCCGGGGUAUCUGGUGGUCCUUGUCGACUGUUCUUACUCGCUACGAGCGUGUCUCGCGUUUCUUCGUCGCCGAAGCCGAGCGCCUGCUUCCCAUGCUUGAGAGACGGGUUGCCGGAGUGUCUUCGAGUGACCUGAAUGUUGUGCAGCAGCUCGUGGAGUUACUCAGGAAGAAGGCUGCCAGUGACGAUCCUACCCUAUAUGCCGUCAGCCGUGAGCAAAAGCGCAAGAUGCGGACUAAGCCGGCCUUGCCGCAUCUCGUUACAAGCCACGGACACCUAUCGGACGAGCCAGUGGAGGCAAUGCUCGCGACGUUUGACGAGGAAGUGGAGUUCGACCUUAUGGAUAGGACCACCGAUCCAAAUGACGAUCAAGUGCUGCAGUGGUGGGAUGAGAGGUCCGUAACCAUUGAGCAUCGCCUCCUACCUGAGCAUCCGGAUUACCCCGAGCCUAAAGCCCUCCGGGACGAGAGGGCUGCGCCUUUUGAGUAUCACCGCAAACAAAGCCAAGCUUUGCAUUCGGGAAUAGCCGUGGAUUUGAAGCACGCCAUGGCUAAUGCAUAG